AUGUUUGGUGUUAGUGUUGAAACGGGGCAGUUCGCUAGAACGCCGCGACACGACGCCAGGGGGCGCGCACCGCAGUGUUCGUCCGCGCCAACUUCACGCCGUGGCAGUCGCCUUCAAAACAUUUUAAUGGUUAUUCGGAUCGAUAAGUGUCGGUAUGGCGCAUCCAGCAUGAGUCAGGGGGGCUCUAGGAGGCCUUUUCCGCGCGGCGGCCCGCGCUGGCACCCGCGCUACAAGGAGUACUGGGACUACGAGCAGAACUACAGGGACGUGCUGGCUCGCCCUUCGCGGCACGGAGACCUGCGCCUGAGGUCUCCACGCGCGACG